GAUAUCGACUUGCAAUACUCCUUUACGAAAGGACGAAGGCAUGGAUUUGAUUCGGAGCUACCUGUACUGCCAGCUACACCCUCUGGCUCUACACAACGCAUUUCUCGAGCGGUGAUGAGGUCAAAACCAACAAUAUCUUCUUCGAAACUGGAGCGAUCUGGGAGUUGACAUCGCUGAACACGCUAUGACAACAUGAAGUCAGUCUGUAUCAUCGGUGCCGGUCCAGGUGGCCUGGUGACUGCAAAAACCUUUGCCGAAACUGGACAGUUCCGCGUCACCGUCUUCGAGAAGAAGGCUCGAAUCGGAGGCAUCUGGGCGCUGGGCAGGACUACUCAAGACGCAUUCCUGAGUCCUGACACUCCGACCAAUCUGUCGAGAUUCACCGUCGGCUUCGCAGAUUUGGACUGGGCGUCGGUGGACUUGCACCGCGGCCAGGAGAACGGUCACUCCAAGGAUGGGCCUAGGCCGCCUCUGUUCCCCAAGGCAUGGAUGGUGAACGAGUAUCUGGAGACGUAUGCGAGGAGGUACAUUCCAGAAGGCACGAUUCGUUGCAAAACUGGAGUGACGAACGCCGAACGAAAAGGUGAUCAGUGGAACAUCACCGUGCGCGACUCCAACGGCCACAGCGAGACGUUGACAUUCGACUAUUUGAUUAUGGCCUCUGGUUUCUUCGCCCAGCCACGAGACCUCCGGCAUUCAGUUCCCCAUCUGCCAAAAUCAUAUCCGCAUAUGCCAGUGCCGACCCUCCACACAUCAGCUUUUCGCUCUCUCGACCGCCUCUGUCCAGAUUCACAGCCUGCUCAGGGUAGAGCCAUCCUCAUGCUCGGAGGGGGCAACUCUUCCGGGGAGACGGCCGCAAACAUCGCGCUCCAAAUCUCCGACACGCAAUGGUCGCCAGACAGAAGCAAGGCUCAAAGAUAUCAAGACUUCAAAAUCGUCCAUAUCACCCCGCGUCCUCUCUAUCCCGUCCCUCCUUUCAUCGAGUACCAAGACCACUCGAAAUCCUACGUGCCACUGGACUUUCGACUUUACGACUUUGCCCGCCGUCCAGAGUCCUUGCCGUCUUAUGGUGGUCGGCAGACAAUGGAAGUUAGGAAUAUCGUCCAUCAGACGCUUCAAAACAUGAUGGGCGGCGACCUCUCUGACAUUAGUCCAGCGCUGGUCUCACACCCCGGCGACGGACGGGGAUCAGUCUACGUCGCACUCAGCGAAAGCUACGCUGAGUAUGUCCGCAGUGGGACGAUCGACGUGGUUGCAGGCAGAGUCAAUGAGAUCAGACUCGGCGAAGACGGCAGUACUGCCUCGGUCGUAGUCCAACAGGGCGAUGAAAAGCUGAUCAUCAACGACAUCGCUGCCAUCGUCCACGCUACAGGAUACACGCCUCAUCCUGCGCUAGAUAUACUCGAUGAUGCCACCAAAGCGGCAAUCAAGUACGAUCCAGACAGCAUGCGCCUGCCCAUGAUCCUCGAGCAAUGGCAAACAAUUAAUCGCGACGCUCCGACCCUCGCAUUCAUCGGCUUCUACGAAGGCCCAUACUGGCCUGUGAUGGAGAUGCAAGCUCGUCUCGCCGCUCAGCGAUGGACAUCGGGGAAAAUCCCUGCGACAAAGCCGUACGAGCAGCAAGAAGAGCUGCUGAAGCUGCGCGCCAGCAUGCGAGAUCGCUCACUGGAUGUUCCGCAGUACUGGCUAGGCGACCAUUUGGGGUACAUGGAGGACAUGGCAAAAGAGCUGGGCCUGCAACGUCGCAGUAAAGGCUUCAAAGAGCGAGAAGGCAUGCCCUCUCCAGCACGCUAUCGGACUCCAUUCACCAACACCGCAGAAGCGGAUGCAGUAAUGGCAGACCUCUCGCAAGAAUGGAACGCCUCCACACACCACACGAAAUACGUCGCGCGCGCCGCUUUCUGCGCCCUACAAGGAACCUGGACCAUCAAGCGACACUUCACCAGCUCAACACCCACCUUCCCCUCCGGCACACUAGAAGGCACAGCCUCCUUCCACCCCCGCCAUCCCACCUCCAACGGAAACAACGGCCACCCCUUCGAUUUCGAGUACCUGUACACCGAAGCCGGCACCUUUACCCUCGCCACCAGCGGCGCCACCAUGACCGCGAAGCGGCGAUACGUCUACCGCUACCGCGAAGCGACGGAUACGCUGAGUGUAUGGUUCGUCAAGCCGGAUCGGGCAUUGUUGGAAGUCGACUACCUCUUUCACGACCUUGCUUUCGAGAGUUCGGAGGCUAUGAGGCGCGAAGGGGCGCUCGUUGCCAAGGCGGAUCAUCCUUGUGGACGGGAUAUGUAUUGGACUGAGUACCGGUUGCCGAUGCAGGGUGUGGCGUUGAGGGAGUGGAGGCUGACGCAUACGGUCAAGGGCCCGAAUAAGGAUUAUGUUGCUACGACGGUUUAUACGAGGCCGGGAAAGUGAGCGGAGAUGUGGAAGCAGUUUUGUAGAGGAUGAUAGACGAGUGAAUGAAUGGCAAAGAAGUAAGACU